CACACAUACACAUAUCCUCCUCCUCCUCUUCUUCUUCUCUACCUCUCUCUCUGUGUACGUGUUAAUCUCAGGCAUAUACUUCUUCACACCUAAUAUCUCACCACAAUGGCUGCACCGUUCGACGGUAACGGAGACGAGGGGCUGGGGCAAGAAGACAACAAUGCCUGGGUCCAGGACGAAGACCUACCGCUCGCAGGGAACGAGGAGCAGGCGGCGUUUGAUCAGGAGGAAGUUUUCGCAUUGCCACAAAUUACCGGAUGGGAGGUGUUGUGGCAGUUCAUCGUCCACCGCGCCGUCUGGGUGACCGAGCUGCCGGCACCGCCCUACCCGGACGAGGCGUGGACCCUGGAGCCCAAGGACCCGCCGUUCCCCUUCAACCUCGACGCGACGUGGUACUGCGGCGCCCUGAUCGGGCUGAUGCUCGCCGUCAACUGGGAGACGGAGCACCAGUGGCUGCUAAGCCACGGGUACCUGCACUACUUCGCGCGCGUGCUAUCCCGGACGACAAUCACCGUGGCCACGUCGGUCCUCAGCACGUUCGUCUUCGAGGUCAUCGGAAAUGUUCACCAGAUGGCUCAUGAUGCGGUCAUAUUCAAUUUGCCGUUCAUCAUCGACCGCUGGCUCGUCGAAACCUGGGGCAUGGGUCCGGUUGACGAGCAGGGGCGCGCUCUCACGGACGCAGUCGGCGAUGUCCAAUUCCACCCGGACCGGAGCUACCGCAUGGAGAUAGUCCGCGACACGCUCACCAGUAUCGUGAUGUGGCUCUGUGAGUACCUGAGCAUGGUGGGAGGAUCUGUGCCGUACUACCACCUCGGUCCUGCUUCGAUGGGCUACGCAUUUAUGUGGGUGGUACGCCUCGUAUCUCCCGCUCUCGCCAAACGCCUGUCCCGCAUAGCUAGCGCCGUCGCUCUGCCCACACCGGAUCCGGACCAGGGAUUGGCUCCCGGUGAUUUGCUCCGGGAGUUCGGGGCACCGGCGGGACUCCAGGUCGGGAUUGCGGGGUUCCUCUACUUAUGCGUCUUCCUAUUCAUGUCCAGGGCGGAGACUCCAGUCAUAUUGCGCCAAGGUCAGCUAGACGGCUUCUCCAAGCUCGCAUUCCACCUCAUCCGCGCGACUGCGAUGCACCUUCUGGCCUACACAGCCUACCAGGUCGCCUGGAUUGGUCUGCUCACAGUGGAAGACUUUCUCACGGCUAUCGCGCACUUCUUUGCUCUCGAGGAAUCUUCGGCUUUCUUCGCGGCGAUCCCAUUUAUACCCGUGCCUGCUUUCCUACUUUUCGUCUCACAUUGGUUUCUGAAGAAGUGCUGCCUGCUAUGCGUCAGGCUGCUCUGGACUUCGUGGGUCCCUUACAUAGCAUGGCUCUCGAUUAAGACGACUCUCGGUACCCAGGCGACAUGGGGAAUUUAUAGGCAGUUUGUGACGCAGGACAUGGAUGUAUUGCUGCCGGGUAAUCGUGUCCUGGGAGCGGUUAUAAUGACGGCUCUGUGCGGGUUGAGAAGCUCUUGGCCGUCUCGGAUGAAGCUCAGCUCAGUUGCUUGGAUAGACUAGUUUUUCGUCGUGCAGAGACGCACGCGUUCCAGUCAUAUGUUAUUCGGGGUUUGUCGUUGCAAAAACAGAGGUGAAUCAUGUCCCGAAGGAGACGGACGUGAUGAAAAGAUGAGGGAGGACACGCGAGGGGGAGGUGGAGUUGCGCAUUCGAAUACAGGAGCAGAAGAAUCGCUAUAUAGCUAUAUCCGAC